UUGAUAGGGAUGAAAUGCAUAGCCUUAUCAUAGAGAAAAAUGGCAUGUAGGCCCAAAGAAGAAAUAGAAAGUGAUUCAAACGUUUGUUGAAUUUUACCUCCGCCUGCGGCUGCUGCUCUUGCUAUAUAUUUGUUUUGCAUUUACUUCCCGACUCUACCUUCAUCUGCAGCGUGUAGAAAGGAAGAAACAGGAGAUUUAAGAUAAAAAUUUGGUUUUUGUGCCUGAAAGAGCGAGAGGAUUCGAGUUACUUUUGGUUUUUCUCAAAUGGAUUCAACCAACAAAUCGCUGCUGGGCACUAGUUCUCUGAAAUUUGCGGAGAAGCUCUGCGCGGCGGUGUUUCCGAUUAUAGCUAUAUUCGACGCUUUGGCUUUUGCUUUCUCCGGUUGUUUCGAAUGCCGAAAAUUGAGCCGUGGCACGAAAUUGCGUUAUGAGUUCAAGGAGAUUGUUCGACUCUCGGAGAAAUCUCAUUUUACUAUAAAUGAAGUGGAGGCAUUGCAUGAGUUGUUUAAGAAGUUAAGCAGUUCAAUCAUUGAUGACGGUUUGAUACAUAAGGGCUGUAUGAAGGUUGUGGCUGGUGAUCAGUUUUUCUCGGGGUUAAGGGAGGAGCUUCAGUUGGCAUUGUUUAGAAUAGUAUGUGGUGAGAACCUUUUCUUGGAUCGGGUUUUUGAUCUUUUUGAUAAAAAACGGAAUGGUGUUAUUGAUCUGGAAGAAUUCGUUCUUUCCCUCGAUGUAUUCCAUCCUCAUGCCCCUGUCGAGGACAAAAUAGAUUUUUCGUUCAAGCUUUAUGAUCUGAGACAAACUGGGUUCAUAGAGCGAGAAGAAGUCAAGCAGAUGGUGAUUGCUAUACUUAUGGAAUCUGACACGAAACUAUCAGACGAACUGCUAGAGCUAAUAAUUGACAAGACGUUUGCGGAUGCUGACGCUGAUAAGGAUGGUAAAAUUAACAAAGAGGACUGGAAAGCUUUCGUCUCACGGCAACCAUCACUUUUGAGGAACAUGACUGUACCUUAUUUGAAGGACAUCACUUCCGUUUUCCCCAGUUUUGUUUUUAACACUGAGGUGGAAGAUUGAGAGAUUCCCGGAUAAUGUAUCACUAGAGUCAGCCUGAAGAGAGGAACUGACGAAUAGUCCGUAUAAAUCUCCAGAUUAUCGCUGGAGAUGUAGAGAAGGUGGUGUUUUUGCCCUUGAGGGGAAAAGUGCAAAGCUGGAUGGUUCAACCAAUAUCAGGUCUUGUUUUAUACAGAUGAUGAUCGGCUUGGGAUUCUUCUCAACUUGUACAGACAUUUGAAGUUGGGAAAUUGUUUGAAGAGUCCAAGCUAACUGCCCAGACCCUUCACUCGUGCAUAUGUGUCUUGCUAUUUCAGUGUGAAGUUUUGGUGCCACGCCAACACCCACAUGUGCAAAGAGUUAAUUGCUUUGCACGGUCUACUUGUUUAUAUGUAAUGUACAUGGACACUGCAGUCAACCAA